AUGGUGGCGCCGCUGCUUGUGCUGCUGCUGGCCUGCUUCGCCGGCCCGGUAGAAGCCGGCUGGAGGUCCAGUCUGAGACGGCCAGCCAAUCAGAAGACGUCUUGGAUCGCGAAUCCCCCGGACUGCCCUCCAGAUGGCGUCUGCAACACCGAUGUUUGCAAUAUCGGCAAAAACUGGACGCAAGAACGUUCGUCUUUUUUUUUAUUAUUUAUUGAGGGGUAGAGUGCGAAAACCUAGUUUCAAGGAAGAAUGAAGCUGACCGAAUCUUCCAGUUUUUAUAAUAAUUGCGAAACAGUAUUUGCUCCUAUUAUAGAGUUUUGCGAAAAUUAUCAUCAGUACGCAAGCGAAAAGAUAAAUAAUUAAAAAAAAGAGAUCUUUGAAAAUAAUUUAUAGAGGUUAAUCGGUGGCAUUUUCAGGUAUCCAUUCUUUUUUUGUUUGUUUUUUGUAGAGGCAAAUUAUCGACUUUUGAUGUUCUUGGUAAAGCUUCCAAAUUCUGAGACACCAAGUAUAACACCUUGUUUCUUAUCUCUACCAGGAACUCGACGGAAAAAAAAACCUCUAAAGUUCCAUUUUGAUAUAUUGACACCCUUUCUCGCUUAUCACUUGUGGUUAUGAAGAUUAUUUUUGAUCCGUUUUUUUUUGUAAUGCUCCCCAAAGAAUCUAUGAAAUGAAUGUUCGAUUCAGUUUUCUAUUGAUGAAUCAACCAAAAGGAUGCAAAACUAAGUGCCUAAUAGUUUUUAUUAUUAAUUUCUAAAAGCAAUUUCCAUUCAAAAAAUUGUUUUCAGAAGUCUGCUGCUUCGUCAACUGCAACGACGACGCUUGCGAAGGCGGGGGCUAUUUUCUAUGGUCACAGUACGUCGAAUGCGCCGGGAGCACGGCUAUCAAGGCAAGUCAAACUACUGAUGAAAUUUUUUCGAAAAAAUCGACUUUUCCAGGUUAAACAUUGCUUCCUAGCUGUAAUGACCCUAUCUUUGGCAAACUAGAAUUCCAAAUUUGUAGAUUCCAAGUCUUUUUUAAACCAUUUUGGUCCAAUCAGCUUUUCUCAAAGACUGUAAAAAUUGAAACCAACCUUUUUAGCCAUUUGAAAGCCUACAAAAGGGCUUUUUAAUUUUGCUCAUUCAUAGAUUAUUAUUAAAUUCCUGAAUUCAUCAAAAUGAUUUAAAGAACAUCCCGAAAAAAAUCAAAUUAUUCCUAAUUCCUGACGACUAUUCUAAAUAUCCUGGAAUUAUUUUGAAGACGGAAUAAAAUCAAUUUCCCUUUUUCAAUUUUUUGAAGCUCUGAUCCGAGGAUAAACCUAAUUUUCAGGUGGUUCUGAUCGUUGUGGCGGUGAUCUACAUGUUGGUAUUGUUCGUCAUGGUCAGUUCGGCUGCCGACGACUUCUUUUCCCCCUCCGUUUCCGCCAUCGUCGCUCAUCUCAAGAUCAGCGAAAGCGUUGCGGUACUGUUACUUGUUUAUUAAUCGUUAUCCUCAAAUUAUGACCCCUUCUUUGACAGCCCAAAAAGAAAUCCAACAAGGAAGUUCAUUUUACUCUGGGGUACAGAAAUUCCUAAAAAAAUUGGUCAGAUUAUUCCUUAGUGAACGAAAUGAAGAUUCUGAGAUUCUCAACCGGCACAACUUUUUAGUUUCCGAGAACUCAGGGCUCAAAGCCAGAAAUAGCCAGUUCUUCCUACACUACUAGUUAGAAUUUUCAGCAAGAUAUAUAUUUUUAAUUUCGUUAGACUCCACUUAUUUCUUCUGAAAAUUUCCCUUCUAUCCAAUCUUUUUUCAGGGAGUGACAUUCAUGGCGUUCGGAAACGGGGCGCCAGACGUUUUCGGUUCGAUCGCCUCAGUUUUGAGUAGCCCCACUCCUAAGGCAGGCUUGGCGCUGGGAGAGCUUUUUGGUAUCCCUUUUAGAGGAGAAAAUAAUUCCGAAAAUUGUUCAGGAGGCGGUCUUUUUGUGACAACCAUGGUUACCUCAACCAUAAUUCUCACCAAACCCUUCAAAGUCGAGGUUUUUUGAUUUUUUCCUCAUUUUUAAACACGAGUUUUUUUUUUAAAGAAUCCAUUCACUGUUAAAAAAUGUUGAUAAAGUUUCCAGGUUUUCUCGACAGUGCGAGACCUCGUUUUCUACCUUUUCACCAUCGCUUUUCUUCUUUUCUGUUUCAUGUUUUCAAGUCAAGUCUACCUUUGGAUGCCUCUGAGUGAUUUUUGAGCAAAUCUCGUUUGAAAAACUAAAAUUUACAGGUAUGCUUGGAAUCUAUGCGGUAUAUGUCGUCACUGUAGUUGUUGCUCAAGCUGUUCAUCAGAAAAGAAAGGUAAAACGAUUUAAACAUAACUUUUUUCUGAAAACCAUCAUUUUACAGAAGAGAAAACGGGCUGAAACUGGCAAAAGUCUAAGAAGCAGGGCCGUCACUGUGAUUCCUAAUAGUAGUUGGUUUUUUUUUUCAAAUGUUUGUGUUUUCUUCUUUAAAAAUAUAUUUCUAACUAUUUUUAAUUAUGAUUGAACAAGCCUCAAUAAUCAGGAUUGAAACGUGAAUUUAUGAUAUGAACUCUACGCCAGUUCAACUCAAAACGAUGUAGGAUCUGAAACUAAUUUUUGCUGGAUUAGAAGUCGGCUAAAAAAAUUUCUAACCGCAUCGCGAGCCUUUGACCUUUUUAAGAGCAACCAGAGCGUUAUGAUUCGUGAGCAGCGUAAUUUACCUGAAUGAAAAAUUUUUAUUAACUUGAAAAAACUUCAACAAGACAUAAGAGAAUUAAAAAAACAAGAAUGUCUUGAAAAGCGAAAUUAAAUUGUAUUUUUUUCAACUCAUUUUUUUCUUUGCUAUAUCGUAGCCCAUUAAAGGGUUUUGCAUUAUCGAUGGUACGACAAAAUCUCAAGUCCGCAAAUCUCGAGGACCGUAAUCUUGUGUACGCAGAUCUAAAGUCCCAUAAUCUUGGAAACCAAAAUCUUGGAGACCAAAAUCUUGGAAACCACAAUCUUGAAAAGUAAAAAUCAACGCUUUUGCGAAUAGAUUUUAUCAGAAAUUGUAUUUGGUGAUCCAAACAAGAGAAUAUAAGUAGAUAAAGUGCAAUAAAGAAGACUAAAAAGGGAAGAUUUUUUUGCUUUUCCAAGAUUGUGGUUUCCAAGAUUUUGGUCUCCAAGAUUUUGGUUUCCAAGAUUAUGGGACUUUAGAUCUGCGUACACAAGAUUACGGUCCUCGAGAUUUGCGGACUUGAGAUUUUGUCGUACCAUCGCAUUAUCAUGAUAGCGCGCGUUUGGAUGAAAAAUUUCACCACGCCUCCUUUUUCGGUACGCUUUGGAAAACGUAAACAUUUUUGUAAAUUUUUGAAUUGCUUUGACUUCUCACAGGGACCAUUAUUCUCAGUAAUAGUAAUAUCUUAGAAAAUCCUCAAGUCAAUGCACCAGAAGAAAAAUAAUAGACUCCCUCUUUGAAUAGAUUCUGUGUUUUUUCUUUUUCUGAAAUAAAUAGAUGGAUUCUUGUCCCAUAGAUAUUCAGGGAAAGAAGGGUUUCAUGCUUGUAUUUCGCAAAUAUAUAAUACUUUGCAGUGUAAUAAAACAGUAUAAUCAGUUUUUCUAAUCUUCCCAUUUUCAGCUGGCGUUCCUGAAAUCCAAAUCAUUUCCGAGGCCGUCGGCAAAAUACAAGGUUUUCAUUUGAAGCAAUGAUUUUUUAUCAAUAAAUUGUUUAGGACAUGUUCCUGAACUUGGAGCCAAUGAGAACUACAUGAAAAGGGCUUCGGUGACUUUUUCGAUGAAAAAUGGAAUCGCCCCGUUCCUUGGGCCUGUUCUUCAUCCUCUUCCUGUGGUCACCCCAGGUACAAGAUAGAAAUUCAAAACUACAUUUCCGUUUGAAAAAGAAAAACUUUAUUUAUAAACUGAGACUUUGAAAAUUUCAGGAGGAGAAGACGACGAAGCAGAAGACGAAGAAUUCGUCGUUGUUCAUCACCAAGUCUUCACCGGCGCCGAAGCCAGAAGCCGUGCAGCCAGCGUCGGUUCGUUGGAGCACAGUCUCCACUCGAAAAUAGCCUCGUUUAGCCCCGGAGCCGAGACAAGUCCACACUUGGAAGCAGCUGCUGGCCGAUGUGGCCGAUCAUCUGAAUCCCAUGCCAGAUCCCGAAGAGUUCCGAGAAGCGAAUAUCGUUUUCAAGGCGCUUUCAGUUGUCAAGGUAAUACUUAAAAUUUAACUUUUGAGAAUCAGACUGGACUUGCAAUCAAUUUCGGAUCAUUUUAUAAGUUUUUUUUUAUUUUGUUCUGUUAAGGUUUUCACUCAAAAUUGCAUAUUUAUCAUAAUUUCAAUUUGUUUUUUCAUAAUUAGUAUAACUACAAGUAACAAUUCCCAUCAUUUCAAGAAAAGCGGAAAGCUUUGGAAAAGAGGAAAAUCGAUCUUCAGUUCAAAAAAUGACGUCGACGGCUGUUUCGUCUAAUUUUGCAUCAUUUUUUUUUCUCGAUACCAAUAUUUUUGAACUACAGGCUUUCAAAAACCACAUAGCUACAUAAAAAAAACGUGCGAAUUUGUGGAAAUUCGGGUUGUUUGAAAGUGGAAAAUAACUGCGGUUUUGUGCCGACGGAUCACAAAUUUCAGUUGGUUCUGGUAAAAAAUUCAAAUUUUUCUCAAAUCAAAUUUCUGUACAUGCUUGAUUUUUAUCAGAACUGGAAACUGACUAAUUUAUUUAUUUUUUUAGAUAAUUCCGACGAUAUUAUUCAAGCUGACGAUCCCUUUGAACGAAACAAGCUGGUCCAAGGCGAUGGCCAUGAUUUUAUGCGCCACUUGUCCACAAUUCCUACUUUUCGCUGUUCAAAGUUAGUUUUACUUUUCAAAUUCCCUCUAUCCUCUGGCUUUAAAAGUGAUAGACUCUGAAAAACCCGACAAAUAAUCUUUCAAAGGUUGUGAAAGAAGAAAAUCAUAAAUAAUGGUUUCAAUAUUACGAAAAAACGUUUCAUGUUUCACUGUAAUUGUUUUGAAACUCUUAUUCAACCCUCCAUCUAUUUUAAUUCGCCGAAAAUAUCAAAUUCGACUGUGUAAUAGUGCUUUAAAGUUGGCUUGGAGCCAAACAGUCCGCAGUCAUGCUGUGCAAUGCGAUAGAGCGUAGGCCGCCACGAGUCGGGCGCAGUUUUAUCGACGGUGUGACACAUUCGCAGCGCGCGCAGGCCGUGAUGAGAUUUUUCCAACGCUUGAAAUGAGAACAUUUGAUUACCAUCGAUAAUCUGAGCCAAUGAUAUAUUGAAAAAAGUUUGAUUAAAGGUUCAAGGCAUUCCGUUAUUCAGAAAUGAGAGAGCUCGAAAAUGUCAGAAAAUUGUCCUUACAAAAGUUUUUCAACUCACGAUAAAUCAAAAGUCGAAUUUCCAAAGUAUCUGAAAACUUGAAGCAAUCAAGUGAACUAGACUCUUGUUACCAAACACGUGUUAGAGAAACAUCAUCUGGGAAGCAACCCCGAAUAUUUUCUUAUCAAAAGGAGGACAGAUUUUUAUCGCAAACAGCAGAAGAAAAUUUAUCGCUUACUGCAUAAAUCUUGAUCGGGUGAUUCAUCAUUAGUUUGAACUGUUUGGGGAAGAUUAAUUAGAGGGAUUCUCAUUUGUUAGCGUUUCAUUUUUCACGGCCUUUUUGUAAGAGAUUCAGAGAGAAAAACCUUGAAAAGGCAUUCAAAAACUAUUGAAUCGAUUCCAGUGAUCAACUUGAAGCCUUUCGACGGCAGUCCAGGCCUUUGGGCCUACGCCCUCGGUCUUUCCGUCAUUCUCAUCACUCUCGUCUCAAUUUUCACCACCCUGGGAAAGGAACCGAAGUUUUACAAGGUAGGAUAUCAAGAACAAUCGUAAUUUUCAUACAUUUAUUUUUGAAGGAAGUAUAUUCGUAUGCCGGAUUUUUGAUGGCAAUCGCAUGGAUCUACCUCAUUUCGUCGGAAGUCGUCAACGUCGUCACCAUGUUGGGAGUCGUUUCGAAGAUUUCUCACGAGGUACUGGUUUCAGGGAGAACCUUGUAGUGUUUAAAACUAGCAACUUGGAAAAAUUCACCGAAAAAAAUGAUCUGGUUAUCUUGUAACUCUUGUAACAGGCUUUUAUAGCUGAUCCAAGGCUGAGCCAUCGAGAAAAGAGUCCUGACACGAUAACAGAAGAGACAGGGCCUGGAUGGUAGAGAGCGCCGUCAGGCCACGCCCCUCAGCCUCUCAAGCUAGCCAUGUGUCUUCGAAAUAAAGGACCCUAAGUGUCUUUAAAAUUAAUGCCCCUAACUUGAGAAUGGAUUCUGGACCGAAAAAUCCAAGCCUCAUUUCUAACCGGGCAGUGUAAUAAUUUGGAGUUCCCUUUUAUUCGUUUCAUUUUUCGGUUUCCAGGUCCUUGGCCUGACGAUUUUGGCCUGGUCCAACAGUAUCGGCGACCUGAUUGCUGACGUCUCCGUUGUGAAACAGGGAUAUCCAAGGAUGGCGAUGGCGGCUGCCAUUGGAGGACCUCUUUUUAGUGAGUCAUUCUUUCAAAUUUAGAUAUUUCAAAAACCACAGGUUUCUUUUCGAUUUUAUUGAUUUUCUAUUUCCUUUUUGUGUAUUCGUAGUAGUGCUGCAAAUGGCAAUCGAUAGAAAGUUAUAGGUUUUUUUUAAAAAUGCAUAAAUAUUUGACCGGACUUUUCAGCUCAAGUUUUUAAGCUUCAGUUUCCGAACAUCUUGAUUCUCAUCAGAGAGCUACGAAUAAUAAUAAUUAAAUUCCAAUUAACUCAAAGCGUUCAGACAGGUAAAAUAAACAUUUUAGAUCUUCUAAUGGGAUUCGGGUUACCUUUCACGAUUGCAAGGGCUCGUGGAAAAUAUAUCCCGGUUGGUUUUCCCUUCAAAUUCAAUCCUGUAACCAAUUUUUCAGUUAAAUAUCAACCCGAUCUACCGACUUCUCAUGUUAUUCCUCACCAUAUCACUUGGCACUACCUUAUUAGGUCAGUUCCAAAGUUUUUUUUUGAUCAAGCCAUGAUUUUUGAAGAUCAAAAAUCAUGUAGGAAGUACCAAACUGAAUCUUCGACGUUUUUUUAAGUUUGAAACGGUGAAAUUUACAUAUUUUACAUAUCUUAUUCAAAAUAGAGCUGUAGAAAUCGCUUAGAAAUACGAAAAAAAGGCUUCUUCCUGCAAUUUUGAAUAACUCACAAAUACAGCUUAUCCCACUUUUCUCCAAACUUAAGCUUAUCCACUGACUGUUUCCGAGUUCAGGAGUCUUCAUACAGCGGUACUACCUCAGAAGGCCUCACGCCGUCGUUCUCAUGUCCGUUUACGCAACUUUCCUCGUUUUUGUAGCUCUUUCUGAGACCAAUGUUCUUGUUUGGAACUGA